GAUCGACGCCACCGCCUGUUCGCCCCCCACGCCACACCCUCCCAAUCCCCUCGCAUCCCCAUACCUUUCUUCCUCCACUCCAGCUGCGUGUGCGAUUGGUUAGGGGCUCCGGUGAGCGAAGAUGUCGACGUGCGCGGCGGACCUUGCGCCGCUGCUGGGCCCGGCGGCGGCGAACGCCACGGACUACCUCUGCAGCCAGUUCACGGACACGGCCUCGGCGGUGGACGCCACGUACCUGCUCUUCUCGGCGUACCUCGUCUUCGCCAUGCAGCUCGGCUUCGCCAUGCUCUGCGCGGGCUCCGUCCGCGCCAAGAACACCAUGAACAUCAUGCUCACCAACGUGCUCGACGCCGCGGCGGGGGCGCUCUUCUACUACCUCUUCGGCUUCGCCUUCGCCUUCGGCACGCCCUCCAACGGCUUCAUCGGGAAGCAGUUCUUCGGGCUCAAGCACCUCCCCAAGACCGGGUUCGAUUACCCCUUCUUCCUCUACCAGUGGGCCUUCGCCAUCGCCGCCGCGGGCAUCACGUCGGGGUCCAUCGCCGAGAGGACGCAGUUCGUCGCCUACCUCAUCUACUCCGCGUUCCUCACGGGGUUCGUGUACCCCGUGGUGUCCCACUGGUUCUGGUCCACCGACGGGUGGGCCGCCGCGAGCCGCACGUCCGGACCGCUCCUCUUCGGCUCCGGCGUCAUCGACUUCGCCGGCUCCGGUGUCGUCCACAUGGUCGGCGGCGUCGCGGGCCUGUGGGGCGCGCUCAUCGAGGGCCCCCGUAUCGGGCGCUUCGACCACGCCGGCCGCUCCGUGGCGCUCAAGGGCCACAGCGCGUCGCUCGUCGUGCUCGGCACCUUCCUCCUGUGGUUCGGCUGGUACGGGUUCAACCCGGGGUCCUUCACCACCAUCCUCAAGUCCUACGGCCCCACAGGCAGCAUCCACGGGCAGUGGUCGGCCGUGGGCCGCACCGCCGUCACCACCACCCUCGCCGGCAGCGUCGCCGCGCUCACCACGCUGUUCGGGAAGCGGCUCCAGACGGGCCACUGGAACGUGGUGGACGUCUGCAACGGGCUCCUCGGCGGGUUCGCCGCUAUCACCGCCGGGUGCAGCGUCGUCGACCCGUGGGCCGCCGUGAUCUGCGGGUUCGUGUCGGCGUGGGUGCUCAUCGGGGCGAACGCGCUCGCCGCGCGCCUCAGGUUCGACGACCCGCUGGAGGCCGCGCAGCUCCACGGCGGGUGCGGCGCGUGGGGGAUCCUCUUCACGGCACUCUUCGCGAGGAAGAGGUACGUGGAGGAGAUCUACGGCGCGGGGAGGCCCUACGGGCUCUUCAUGGGCGGCGGCGGGCGCCUCCUCGCCGCGCACGUCAUCCAGAUCCUGGUCAUCGCGGGGUGGGUGAGCUGCACCAUGGGCCCGCUCUUCUACGCGCUGAAGAAGCUGGACCUGCUGCGCAUCUCGGCCGACGACGAGAUGGCCGGCAUGGACAUGACCCGGCACGGCGGCUUCGCCUACGUGUACCACGACGAGGACCCCGGCGACAAGGCCGGGGUUGGUGGCUUCAUGCUCCGGUCCGCGCAGAACCGCGUCGAGCCGGCGGCGGCGGCGACCGGCAAUCAGGUGUGAAAAUCAAACGGAUCGAGAAGGAACUACGUGCUUGCCUCUUUCUGUCAUCGCGUCAUAUUUUGAUGAUCACGGUCGUACUUGCCGCUGCCGGCACCGUUUGGGCCGAUGCUUGGCCACUUUGGUCUGGUCUCGCGAAGAAUUGUAAAACAAGAGUAGGGUGACGAUCAUGCACGUACCGAGUGUGUUUUUGGUUGGGGUUUCUUUUGUACAUGUGUGUUUUAGAAAGUCCGUGUGUGGUGGUGGAUGUGAUGGGUAUGGGUAGGAGCUAGGGUUUAUCUUUGUUUGGCUAAUAAUGCAGUUAUUUUUGUGGUGGAAUCUUAUGAACGGAGCUCGGAAGGUGUGGCGGGCUGCUGGUCAAGAUAGGUGGCUCGUGGAGGGUUGAAACAAAUUGGAGGAUUCUGUCCUGUGGUCUCUGUAGUGUCGUCUCUACCCAUCCAUCAAAAGCUUUGGCGUGUUCCUUGAAUCGAUCUAGUGGCUUUUUGGUGUGUGCCCUUUUAUUUGGAGUACAUGUUUAUGUACAUGAUAUUCUGCCAAAAAUACCAUAUGCUAUAAUAAAAAUCCAAUUUCCCAGCA